AUGAACAGAAGUACUGGAGCGGGCGCGGCUCAGGAUGCAUCCGAGGAUAAUGAGCCUCCAGAACAGCCCAUUGUGGAGAGGGAUCCGUCUGGAAGAUGGAGCCGGGUGGACCAGAUUCUUGGGCGGGGCGCGUUCAAGACUGUGUACAAGGGAUUUGACGAAGAGGAGGGCAUAGAGGUGGCUUGGAACCAGGUCAGAGUGUCAGACUUGGUGUCGAGCAAGGAGGAGCGGGACCGGCUCUUUGCCGAGAUUCGGGUGCUCAAGCAGCUGAAGCACAAGAACAUCAUGACCUUCUACGAUUCUUGGCUGGAUCCCAAGACGUACACGGUCAACUUCAUUACCGAGCUCUUCACCUCGGGCACGCUGCGCCAAUACCGCAAACGGCAUAAGCACAUUGAUCCGGAGGUCCUGAAGCGCUGGGCAUGGCAAAUUCUGUGCGGCCUGGUCUACCUGCACGGUCACACACCUCCAAUAAUCCAUCGUGACCUGAAGUCUGACAACAUUUUCAUCAAUGGCAGCGAGGGCGUUGUGAAGAUCGGUGAUCUGGGUCUUGCAACAUUGCUGCGGGCGCGCACUGCUCCCCAGAGCGUGCUGGGCACUCCUGAGUUCAUGGCGCCAGAGCUGUAUGACGAGGAGUACGACGACCGUGUGGAUGUGUAUUCCUUUGGCAUGUGCCUGUUGGAGCUGGCCACGCUCGAGUACCCCUACAGCGAGUGCCGCAAUGCUGCUCAGAUCUACCGCAAAGUGUCCCUGGGAGUGAGGCCGGCUGGGCUGGCAAAGGUGCCGACGCAGGAGCUGGCAGACUUCAUCUCGACCUGCAUCGAGUCCAUGCGCCAGCGCCGGCCGCGCGCGCGGCAGCUGUUGAAGCACCCCUACUUCGCGACCAUCCGUGCGGAGAAGUGCGCAGCGAAGCUGGGUGAGGCCGCGCUUGCACAUGCCGGCGCCAGCGCGGCCGACCUGCAGCAGAUGAUGUCCGAGUGCGCGGCACUCUGUCCUGCUGCAGGCGAUCGGGAGUUCUGUGUCAAGGGCAAGCUGAUGGAUGCUGACGACAAGCUCAAUCUGCGCCUGCGCAUCGGUCAGCAUAUAGGUGAGACUGCUACAGUCGAGUUUGACUUUGAUCUGGCGGCUGACACCGCCUACAGCGUGGCCAGUGAGAUGGUCAGCGACCUCAGUCUUAGCCACGAGGAUGCAAAGGUGCCCCUGUCUUGA